UCUGGCCAGGCGUGGGCGCGCGCGGGGCCGCGGCAGGCACGGAGCGUCUGCCUCGUAGCUUCAUUCCGGAGCACCCUUGGCGGCCGCGCCUCCCGCACUCCGUCCUUCUGUCCGGCCCCGCGCCGCCAUGCCCGCCGUCGACAAGCUCCUGCUGGAGGAGGCGUUGCAGGACAGCCCCCAGACUCGCUCUUUACUGAGUGUAUUUGAAGAAGAUGCUGGCACACUCACGGAUUAUACCAACCAGUUGCUCCAGGCGAUGCAGCGUGUCUAUGGAGCCCAGAAUGAGAUGUGCCUGGCCACUCAACAGCUUUCAAAGCAGCUGCUGGCAUAUGAAAAACAGAAUUUUGCUCUCGGCAAAGGGGACGAAGAAGUAAUUUCUACACUGCACUGUUUUUCCAAAGUGGUAGAUGAGCUUAAUGUUCUCCAUACAGAGCUGGCUAAACAGUUGGCAGACACGAUGGUUCUACCUAUUAUACAAUUUCGAGAAAAGGAUCUCACAGAGGUUAGCACUUUAAAGGAUCUUUUUGGACUCGCCAGUAAUGAGCAUGACCUCUCAAUGGCAAAAUAUAGCAGGCUUCCUAAAAAAAAGGAAAAUGAGAAGGCGAAGACUGAGGUUGUGAAAGAGGUGGUUGCGGCGCGGCGGAAGCAGCACCUUUCUUCCCUGCAGUACUACUGUGCCCUCAACGCGCUGCAGUACAGAAAGCGUGUAGCCAUGAUGGAGCCCAUGAUAGGCUUUGCCCACGGACAGAUUAACUUUUUCAAGAAGGGAGCAGAGAUGUUUUCCCAAAGUAUGAACAACUUUUUAUCCUCAGUUGCGGACAUGGUUCAGAGCAUCCAGGGGGAACUAGAAGCCGAAGCAGAGAAGAUGCGGGUGUCCCAGCAAGAACUGCUUUCCGUUGAUGAGUCUAUUUAUGCCCCAGACUUUGAUGUGGCUGCCCCCCAGAUCAACAGGAACCUCAUCCAGAAGGCUGGUUACCUUAAUCUGAGAAAUAAAACAGGGCUGGUCACUACCACAUGGGAGAGGCUUUACUUCUUCACACAAGGUGGGAACCUCAUGUGUCAACCCCGGGGCGCCGUGGCAGGAGGCCUGAUCCAGGACCUGGACAACUGCUCCGUGAUGGCGGUGGAUUGUGAAGACCGGCGAUACUGCUUCCAGAUCACCACGCCCAACGGAAAAUCGGGAAUAAUCCUCCAGGCAGAAAGCAGAAAGGAAAACGAAGAGUGGAUAUGUGCCAUAAACAACAUCUCCAGACAGAUCUACCUGACUGACAACCCAGAGGCAGUUGCCAUCAAGUUGAAUCAGACGGCUCUCCAAGCAGUAACUCCCAUUACAAGUUUUGGAAAAAAGCAUGAAAGUUCGUGCCCCAGCCAGAACCUGAGAAAUUCCGAGAUGGAGAAUGACAGGAUUGUUCCCACAGCAGAGCUCCGUGUCCCCGAGGCCGAUGAGCUCAUCGCACCCGGGACACCCAUCCAGUUCGAUAUUGUCCUUCCUGCCACAGAGUUCCUGGAGCAGAACAGAGGGAACAGGCGCAUCAACCCUUUCGGUGAGACCGAGGACGAGACAUUCCCAGAAGCAGAAGAUUCCCUUCUGCAACAGAUGUUUAUAGUUCGGUUUUUGGGAUCAAUGGCAGUUAAAACAGACACCACUACCGAAGUGAUUUAUGAAGCAAUGAGACAAGUGCUGGCUGCUCGGGCUAUUCACAACAUCUUCCGAAUGACAGAAUCGCACCUGAUGGUCACCAGCCAGACCCUGAGGAUGAAAAUAACCAUAUCCACACCUCAUAGUGCUGUCAUGAGGAGUUAAUACACAUAAAAUACACUUAAAUAUUUACAACCACAACUGGCAUCAAAGAAAAUGCUCAAUAAAUGUUAGCUUCUAAAAAGGUAAGCAGGAUUUCAUUAACAAUCAGAAUAUAAUUUCUCCCAUUCAUUAAAAUCAGUCCUUUUUAUUAUAAACCUUAUAGUGAGAAUAAACUUCCUAUAAAUAAAACCUUAUAAAAUAAAGGUUAAAACCUUAUAAUAAAACAUAUUUAUUUAAAGGUUUUCUCCAAGCAUGUCCUGCACCUUUUAUGGGCACUGGCUCCCUGUUCUUAUAAUCUCCACCAAAAAGAUCAGAGUAAAUACAUACAAAAGCAUUGUGAAAAAUGAUAGUACAUCAAAGAACACUAUCAAAGUACAAAGACAACCCACAGAAUGGGAGAAAAUAUUUGCAAAUCAUGUAUAUAAAGAACUCAUACGGAAAUCAACAAAAAGACCUCAAAACAAAAAAUGGACAUAGGACCUGAGUAAACAUUUCUCCAGAGAAGAUAUAGAAAUGGCGAACAAACACAAAGAAAGAUGCUUAAGUGUCCUUAGUUAUUAGGAAAAUGCAAAUCACCCAACAAUCACAAAGAGUGAUAACUAAGUGUCCUUAGUUAUUAGGAAAAUGCAAAUCAGGUCCACAGUGAGAUAUCACUUAACACUUGCUAGGAUGGCUGUAAUUUUUUUAAAAAGGAAAAUAAAAGCACUAGUUAAGAAUCCAUCGCUGAUGGGAAUUGUUAAGACAGUCCAGCCACUAUAGGAAAUAGUCUGGCAGUGCUCCAUGAAUUAAACCCAGAAUUCCCAAAGAACUGAAAACAGGUGUUCAAAUAAAAACGUUUACACUCAUGUUUGUAACUCAUGAUAGCCAAAGAGUGGAAAUAAUCCAGACAUCUGCCAACCAAAGUAAUAGGUACACAAAACGUGGUAUUUUACAUAUAGUGGAAUAUGAGCCAGCCUUAAAGAGGAAUGAAGUCCUUGCACAUGGUGAUUGUUGAACCCUGAAAACAUUCUGCCAAGUGAAAGAGGCCAGACUCACAGUGUCCGCCACUGUGUAUGGUCAUUUACACGAACGAUCCAGGGUAGGCAAAUCCAGAGAGAGAGAGAGCAGGUUAGUGGUUGCCAGAAGCUGAGAGGAGAAUGAAUGGAGAGGGACUGCUUAAUGGGUGCGGAGCUUCCUUGUGAAGUGAUGAAAGACUUUUGGAAUCUGACAGUGGUGGUGGUUGUACAAUGGGGUUAAUGUACCAAAUGUCAACAGUGAUCAGUUUUAUGUCAGGUGUAUUUUACCGCAGUACACACACAGACGCAUCCCUGAACUGGAAUUCACAUUUGGGGACAAUUUAAAAGUCCCACAGAAAAUUGGACCUUAAGAGGGAAAUCCAUGUUACCUGAUUUAGAUUGUUACAAAUAUGUUUGCAUUUAUGAAAAAAUUUUGCAAAAUACCUAAACUUAACCCAACUUCAGGGAAAUUGUUUAUGUAUUUUUUUAAUCUUUAAAUUCAUAUUCAUUAGUAGGGACGUAUAAAAAUAUAACAUUUAUUUAGCUUUGUAGAUUACUAAAAAUUCCAUACACAUUUUCUCCUUGUCUUUACCACCUCUUUGAAGUGGGGCUUCUUAUCCGUUUUACAAACAAAGCAGUUGAGAAGUCAGGGUGACCUGCACAAAAUCAGUGCUGAGCAGCCAGGUUAUAGUCCUCUGAUUAUAAACCCUGUGUUUUAACAAGUAUGACUGCAUGUAUAACUGCUUUACUGAGAUAUGACUUAAAUACAAUUCACCCAUUUAAAGUAUUUUUAGUAUGUUCAGAAUUGUGCAGCCAUCACCAUAAACUCUUUUCAAACAUUUUCAUCCUCCCCAAAGAAAACCCAUAGCCAUUGGCACCCGUUCCCUUUCCCCUGAAGCCCACCCAGCCGUAGGCAGCCAUUAGCCACUAAUCUUCUAGGUCUAUAGAUUUGCCUGUUUGGGACACUUCACAUAAAUGGAAUUAUAACCAUUUUUUUAAACACAGAUAAUAGACUUUUUGCUUUCACCCACAGAAUUUAUAGCAAAUCAGCAAUAGAUAAUAUACCACAUUUAGAAAGUAGAGAUUUGUAUGUAUAUAUGACAGCAGUAGACAGUGGGAUGCAGUGUGUUUUCCCAGACACAUCAACCUGUUACUAGGUGGUGCUCCGAGUGCCCUUCAGGGAAUGCACGUGGACACCUUCGUAAACAGUACUCUCUGCACACCCAGACAGACACAGAAUAGUUUUGUUAAAAUCUGUCCAUUACUUUCACCCCACUCCAGAUUUAAUUUUAAAAAAAUGUUUAACACUGCAAGGGAAAGCCUGUAGUCAAUAAAUGUCUGUUGGGAAGCGUGCUGUGCAGAACCCAACCCAUCCAUGCUCUAUGUCAGCACCCUGCAGAAUGACAAAGCUGCCUUCCUGGAUGAGCCCUGAAACAUGAAAUUCUCCCUUUGUUGUCUUCUUCUGUAAAGAUACACCCCGAGCUUUAAACUACACGGGUUCAACAGAGGCAGGAGUCGUGGCACAUGCUCCCUCCCUGUGGACAGUCACGCAGAGCCAUGUCACCUUGGCCUCAGCCAGGCCUUCUGUUUCCAUGUUUGGAGAUUCAUGUGAUUGCGUUCUGAACUUCUAAGCAUAUGUUUAUCCAACGUGUGUAAUGUAAUGAAUCUCUUAAAA